CGCUGGCGGCGCGCGGGCCCUGCUUUGCGCGCGCCCGUUCCUGAGCAGCCCCUCGGCGCGCUCUGCCCUCGGGGUCGCGGCGCCCGUCCCUCUCUGGUUCUGUCGAGGCUCAGGAACCUGACUGGGACAGGGACUGGAGCCGCGGGACGGCGCCUGGAGGUUCCCAGGGAAUCAUGGAGCUGAACACCAAGAAGAAGCUUCACGCUCUGUCCCUGGCUGAAAAAAUCCAGGUGCUGGAACUCUUGGAUGAGUCCAAGAUGUCCCAGUCAGAGGUGGCCCGGCGCUUCCAGGUCUCACAGCCCCAGAUCUCACGUAUCUGCAAGAAUAAGGAGAAGCUGUUGGCCGACUGGUGCAGUGGCACAGCCAACCAUGAGCGGAAGCGGAAGCGUGAAUCCAAAUACAGUGGGAUCGAUGAGGCUCUACUCUGCUGGUAUCACAUUGCCCGGGCCAAGGCCUGGGAUGUAACGGGGCCCAUGUUGCUCCACAAGGCCAAGGAACUGGCCGAUCUCAUGGGCCAGGAUUUUGUGCCCAGCAUUGGCUGGCUGGUCCGCUGGAAACGCAGAAACAAUGUGGGCUUUGGGGCUCGCCAGGUCCUUGUCCCUCUCUUCCCUCCUGAACCUCCUCCUGCAGUUCUCCUAUCUCAGGCCCAGCCACCUCUUUCUCUUAAAGACUUCUCACCAGAAGAUGUUUUUGGUUGUGCCGAAGUACCCUUGUUGUAUCGAGCAGUGCCUGGCAGAGUGUUUGAAUGUGAUCGGUUGCAAGUAUUGCUGUGUGCCAACAGCAGAGGCACAGAAAAGCGAAGAGUAUUUGUGGGUGGGCUCCAGGCUGCCCCAAGAUGCUUCUUUGGGGUCAACACUGAGGCACUGCCUGCCUCUUAUCACCCUGACCUAGCCAUUCCCUGGUCAGAGUGGCUGGCACAGUUUGACCAGGACAUGGGACAGCAAGGCCGACAGGUAGCCUUGCUGCUGGCUUCUGGAGUGGUAGAAGAAUGGUCCAGCCCUCCUGGACUCCACCACGUGCGACUCCUGCCUCUCUCCGCCUCCAGCACCACUCCUUCCCUUCCUGGCUCUGUGGUUUUGGCCUUUAAGGCCCAUUACCGUCACCGUCUGCUGAGCAAACUGGCUGCCAUGCAGAGUGGGAAAGAGGGCACCUCACUGGCUGAGGCGAGGGCCAGCAUCACAGUUUUGGAUGCUCUGCAUAUGGUAGCCGCAGCUUGGGCCAAGGUCCCUCGCCAGCUUAUUUUGAGUAGCUUCAUUCAAGAAGGGCUCGCUCCAGGCAAAACACCCCUGUCUCUGGACAAAGACACUGAGAUGUCACCCGUCCCUAGUGGCCUGAGCCAAGAGGAAUUUUCUCACUUUGUGGACCUGGAGGAUGAGGACCCAGGGCCCAGAGUGUGCAAAGAGGAGACUGGUACUGAAGACAAUGGGAGGGAAGAAGACAGCUUUGAGCCCUUGCCCACCAAAGCUGAUGCCCUACAGGCACUGUGUACCUUGAGGAGGUGGCUGGAAUGUAACAGCACCUCUGCAAAACUCUUGGAGAAGUUCUAUGACUGUGAGAUGGAAGUGGAGCAGCUCUGCUGUCUGUGAGGAGCCAUGACUGCCUGCAGUCUCCCUCUCCCGUUUCCCAUGGAAACGCCUCUCCAGAGGCAGACGGGCUCUCUCCUGUGGAAAUAGUAUGUGC